AUGCUGGUCUCUUCGAAUAAAGGGCUGCAUUCCCUGUUGAGUAAACCAGUAGACCUCGCCUGGGACAAUGAACACACAUGUAUAACCUAUGAUGCCAUUUCUCAGGGCGCCAUUGUUGCAAUCAAGCCAGUCGACAGAGGAUGUGCUACAAUUCACAAACCACUCUUGCUGGAAAUCAAACGGAUCAAGGAUCUUCAGAAUGAUCACAUAGUCCGGUUUGUGGGAGCAUGCAUAGAUCCACCCAAUCAGUGCAUCAUCACAGAGUACUGCCCUAAAGGAAGUUUGCAGGACGUACUAGAGAACGAAGAGAUUAAGCUUGACUGGAUGUUCAGAUACUCCGUCAUGCAAGACAUUGUCAGGGGUAUGACCUACUUACAUGGCAGUGAGGUCAAGUCGCAUGGAAACCUCAAAUCUACCAACUGUGUGGUGGACAGCAGAUUUGUUGUCAAAAUUACAGAUUUUGGUCUCCAUCAUCUUCGCAAAAUAGAGAUGGCAGUCUGGAAGAGAGUUUUGCACACUACCAACGUAAGAAUGUUGUGGACAGCCCCUGAGCUUCUGCGAAUGGCCAACCGGCCCAGUGAAGGGACUGUCAAGGGAGACGUCUACAGUUUUGCGAUCAUUUGCCAGGAAAUCGUUUACAGAAGUGGAGUCUUCCAUUUACAGAACCUGGACUUGAGCCCACAAGAAAUCAUCGAAAAAGUACGUAAUGCUGUGAAACCUUAUUUCCGACCAUCAAUGGAGACGUUUGACUGUCCAACAGACGAACUGGCAUAUGUCAUCCGGAAAUGUUGGGCUGAAGACCCGGCAGACAGACCAGAUUUUCAGAUGCUGAAAGGUCAAAUACGAAAAUUAAACAGAGAAGGGGACAAAGGGAACAUUCUUGACAAUCUCUUAUCAAGGAUGGAGCAGUACGCCAACAACCUGGAAGCUCUUGUAGCCGAGAGAACCUCUGAUUACUUGGAAGAAAAACGGAAGGCUGAAGAUCUACUCUACAGCAUGCUGCCCAAGUCGGUAGCAGGACACCUCAUCAGAGGGGAAGCUGUCAAUGCGGAAACAUACGAACAAGUCACAAUAUACUUUUCUGACAUCUGUGGGUUUACGGCACUUUCUGCUGAGAGCACCGCCAUGCAGGUUGUUGAUUUCCUAAAUGAUCUGUACACUGCAUUUGAUACAGUGGUAUCAAGAUUUGAUGUUUACAAGGUGGAAACUAUAGGAGAUGCUUACAUGGUGGUCUCUGGCCUGCCUGUGAGAAAUGGCAACCUCCAUGCUCGCGAGAUCGCCAGGAUGUCCUUAGCUUUGCUCAAAGAAACUCACACAAUCAAAGUCCGGCACAGACCCAACUAUCAGCUCAAGCUCAGAAUAGGCAUGCACUCCGGUUCUGUAUGUGCAGGAGUUGUUGGACUCAAGAUGCCCAGGUACUGUCUAUUUGGAGAUACAGUGAACACGUCCUCCAGAAUGGAGUCUAACGGAGAGCCACUGAAGAUACACGUCAGCAGCCAGACCAAAGAUAUCCUGGAUACGUUUGGUACAUUCAGACUGGAGCUCCGGGGGGACGUGGAGAUGAAGGUAUUCGCUAAACUUCACGUCUCAUGGAGCAUUUCAGAUAGUUCUCUAAACUUUCACGUCUCAAUGAACAUUCAGAUAUUCUCUAAACUUCACGUCUCAAUGAAGCAUUCAGAUAUCUCUAAACUUCACGUUCUCAAUAGAAAGCAUUCAGAUAUUCUCUAA